CGGAGCGGGCUCCGGAGGGAAGUCCCGAGACAAAGGGAAGCGCCGCCGCCGCCGCUCGGCCCCCGCUCGUCCGUGACGCUCGCCGGGCCGCGGCCGCCCGAGGACUCGGAACAUGUCGGGCAUCGCCCUCAGCAGACUCGCCCAGGAGAGGAAAGCCUGGAGGAAAGACCACCCGUUUGGCUUCGUGGCUGUCCCAACGAAGAACCCCGACGGCACGAUGAACCUCAUGAACUGGGAGUGCGCCAUCCCUGGCAAGAAGGGGACUCCAUGGGAGGGCGGCCUCUUCAAGCUGCGGAUGCUUUUCAAAGAUGACUACCCGUCCUCGCCCCCGAAAUGUAAAUUCGAGCCACCGCUGUUCCACCCCAACGUGUACCCCUCGGGCACGGUGUGCCUCUCCAUCCUGGAGGAGGACAAGGACUGGCGGCCGGCCAUCACCAUCAAACAGAUCUUGUUAGGAAUCCAGGAACUGCUAAACGAACCAAACAUCCAGGACCCGGCUCAGGCAGAGGCCUACACAAUUUACUGCCAAAACAGAGUGGAAUACGAGAAAAGGGUUCGAGCACAGGCCAAGAAGUUCGCGCCCUCGUAAGCGGAGCCCGCGCCGCGCAGGAAGGGAUGGGUGGCGAGAACUUGUUUACAGUCGCAGGCCUGAUUGCUCCGUGCGACGCUGGUCACCCGGGGGUCGGGGGGCGCCUGGGCCGUGCCGCCGCUGUGCCCCGUGCUCGAUUCUCACACAGGGUCUCUUCCUCCAGUCUUUUGUAUUUUUGAUUGUUAUGUAAGACUCGCUUUUAUUUUAAUAUUGAUGUCAGUAUUUCAACUGCUGUAAAAUGAUAAACUUUUAUACUCGGGCCAGUCCCCGGCGCCAGUCCCCGCUCUCGAUGCAGCAUGCUUCACGGUGCCCGCCGUGGCCUCCCGCCGGCGCCCGCCCUCCCACGGCCGUCCUGCGGCCCCGCGCUGUGUGCCGAGCGCCUGGGACACGGCCGGCAGCCCCCACCGCACACCGCUCGUCUUCACGGGGCGUUUGUCUGUGUUGCUGUUUAGGGUCAAUAAACUGUUUAUACGACCUC